AUGUGUGUUUGUCAAACCAUGGAAGUGGGCAAGUAUGGCAAGAAUGCCACUCGCUCUGGAGACCGAGGGGUCCUGCUGGAGCCUUUCAUUCACCAGGUGGGUGGCCACAGCAGCAUGAUGCGCUAUGACGACCACACUGUCUGCAAGCCCCUCAUUACCAGAGAACAGCGCUUCUACGAGUCUCUGCCCCCAGAAAUGAAGGAGUUCACGCCUGAGUACAAAGGUGUAGUAUCUGUCUGUUUUGAGGGAGACAGUGAUGGCUACAUUAACCUGGUGGCCUAUCCCUACGUGGAGAAUGAAGCUCUGGAGCAAGAUGAUACGCCGGAGAGGGACCAGCCACGGCGCAAGCACUCACGGCGGAGCCUUCACAGGUCAAGCAGUGGCACUGAGCACAAGGAGGAGAAGCCUGGCCUGGCCAGUAACAGCACUGAAAGCAGCAUCCAGGAAAUGAAGAGUCCCAGGGUGGACUUGCACAUCCAUUCAGAUGUUCCAUUUCAGAUGUUGGAUGGGAACAGUGGUCUGAGCUCUGAGAAGAUCAGUUAUAACCCCUGGAGUCUGCGCUGCCAUAAGCAGCAGCUGAGCCGCAUGCGGUCGGAGUCCAAGGAUCGAAAGCUGUACAGUAUCCUUUGGGAAGCAGAACUGGGUGUGUCAGAUUGCUGCUGCUGCUGGUCUUACCUGUUUGUGCCUGUGGCAGCUAGGCCUGUGUUUACUUUGGCACUUCUGUCCUUCACUCAGCUAG